AUGAUUGUGGUGCUGAUGUGGCACCCACCACAUAUGUGGUAUGUGGUGGGUAUAACGGAUGACCUUAUCGACGGAGACAAUUCCUAUACCCAUCCUACCGGCUGUAACAUCCGCCAAGCACUCGAUGAACUCGUCCACUCGGCGGAGCCUGGUGACUUCCUCAUCGUUCAUGAUAGCGGACACGACACUCACCUUCCAGCUGAGACUGGUGACGACGAUGACACCGGAUAUGAUGAGUGUAUCGUUUCCAGCGACUUCAACCUAAUUAAUAGAAUGAUACUUGCUUUGAGGAAUUUACUUGUGGUUGAUUAG